AUGCAGAUAGACAGACAGACACAGAAACAGUCAGACAGACAGACAGACACAGAGGCUGACAGACAGACAGGUGGACAGAGAGACAGACAGAUGGGCAACAGAGACAGCAGACAGACACAGAGACAGGCAGAUAGGCAGGCAGACACAGAGGCAGGCAGGCAGACAGACACAGAGGCAGACAGACAGACAGACAGACACAGAGACAGACGGACAGACAUAGAGAUAGACAGAGAGACAGACAGUCAGACACAGAGGCAGACAAACAGGCACAGAGACAGACUGACAGACAGACACAGAGACCGACACAGAGAUAGACAGACAGGCAGACAGACACAGAGACAGACAGACAGACAGACAGACACAGAGUCUGACAGACAGACAGGUGGACAGAGAGACAGACAGAAAGACAGGCACAGAGACAGCAGACAGUCACAGAGACAGACAGUCAGACACAGAGGCAGGCAGGCAGACAGACAGACACAGUGGCAGACAGACAGACAGACAGACAGACAGACAGACACAGAGACAGACAGACAGACAUAG